ACUCAUUUUUGUUGCUAGCGAUUUGCGUUCCGUAGGAGGCAGGUCGGGAGUAAGCGAACUGGUGGGGCAGCAAGCAAGCAAGCAUGGAGCGACGUAGCUGCGAGGCGAACGACGGGCUGAAAGAUUUUAAAUCUUGAAUCUCCAGUCCCAAGUCCCACUCGCUAGUCAUCCCGCCCGCGACGAAAAGUAGCUUAGAAAAUCGAGAUGGCAUCAGCCAGGAUUGCUGAACAGCAAAUUCGCGAGACUCCUUGAUCUAGAGCACGCGUAAAUAAUAGGUAAAUAGCUUCGUACGCGAACGUCACGGCGAGCUCUGUUACAGCGUUCAGCGAUUUACGUCGUGGUUGUAUCACUUUCUGACUGCCUGUGGGUGUACCAGUAGUCUUAAAAAUAAGCCUUAAAGCCAACAUGUCCGCAACGGCCGUCCGCGUAGUUCCUUACAGCGUCGUCGUCGUGCCACCGUUCGAGUGCGCCUGAUUAACGGCUGACCCGUAAAUCGACUCAGGAGAGGGUUUAGAAGAGAGUCCCCAUGCCUGCGACGGCGGUCUGCGACGGCUGUUCGCAUGGCUCCUAACAGCGUCGUCUUCGUUCCCUUAUUCGAGUGCGCGUGGCUAAGCAGAUGUUUUUAGAACCAAUUCAGGAGAGGACUUCGAAGAAAUUCGCCAUGUCUGCGACGGCUGUCCGCGUCGCGCCCAACAGCGUCGUCGUCGUGCCGCCGUUCGAGUGCGCGUGGCUCGACGGUCCCGGUCUGCAGUUCCCGCGCGCGGGCCGCGGGUGCGUGAUUCUGGAGGUGCGCGGCGAGAACGACGCGACGGUGGUGAUUAAAGAUACCCGCGACGGCAGCAAGCACUAUCGGACGGACGCGGGGAGGAAUUACACGGUGGUGUUCGGGAGCCAUAGGAACCGGCGGCUUAAGCUAGAGGUCGAUGGGGUGGCCGUGGCGGAAACGACAAACUUUGAGUCGCUGCAAUCUGGUAUUGGCGGGGAGUUGGCCACGUGGAAGAAGAGGAUUGGAUCCAACAGCAGCAGCAGGAGCAGCCAGAUCAGCAGCUGUAGCAGCAACAGCCAUUCGUACUGCUCUUGCUACACAUGCAACAGCAAGGGCAGUUUCGCCAGCUCCCCCCACUUGCCGCUCCAAUCCGUCACUAAACUUGUAGGCUCUAAAGAUAGCCAUAAUCUAGAUCUGCAUGGCGGUGUAGAUACUGUAGAUGGCGGUGGGCCCCACAUGGCGAUCACCCCAUCGGAAUUCCGAGCCUUCUGGAUAAACGUGGUGGAUGGGCGGAUCGCGGUAGGCUUGGGUGCUGAGCCUGGCAGGCGCGUGGUGCUCUUGUAUGAGGACAAAAACCCGAACCUGGACGUGAGGUUCGUGGGGUUGAGCACGUGGGAUAAGCACGUUGGAUAUAGGAACAUCCGCGUAUUGCCACAUGUGAGAAUCCCAAGGUCUGUGUGGGAAAGUAUGGGUGGUGAGAACAGGGGAGGCUGCUUCACUCACGGCAUCAGAGCCAGCAGCAGCAGCAGUAGCAGCAAUAGCAGCAACGAUCGAAGCAGCAGCAGAUGGACCAUUAGCAGUGCCAGCAGCAGCACAGGCACCAGAGAUGGCGGCAGCAGCAGCAGCAAUAGGGACCUGGGUUGCGUCUCUCAGACUGAAGACAGCGUGAAAUCCGGCAGCAUAGGUAACAGUCUUAAGACUGGCAGCCGAGCCAAUCUUGACAGCACCAAUGGCUCGUCGCCACGUGGCUUCUGGGCGUCUCUGGUCAACUCGCAUGAAUUCUCGGAUAUUGUUUUCGCUGUUGGGGGGGAGGAGGGUGGUGGGGACGGUGUAGGUAGAGAGGGUAAAGGAGGAGGGGGGGGAAGGGGAGGAGGGGGAGGAGGGGGAGGUCUAGGAGCAAGUGCAGCAAGAGAAAGCCAGGCUGCUUCGAACGCAAGACCAAUAGGGACAUGCCAUGUGGCUGCCGACAGCGCAGCAGCACCAGGGAGUGUUGGCAGCACGGCCGCAAGGCCAACUUCUUCCCCCUCACCUGGUUUUGCACCUGCUGCUAUCUCUAGCCCGCCCGGCUUGUCUCCAUGUUGUCAGGCGCCUCAACGAUCUGCUCCUUCUCGCCCGCCCUGCCUGGUUCCCGCCCACCGAGUGGUGCUAGCAGCAGCGUGGGCGGGGUUUGAGGCCUUUUGCCAGCGCUCUGAGUCUGGGGGACGUGGUGUGGGUGUGGAGGAGAGACGAAGGGUACAGGGAGGCGAUGUGACUAUGACGGAAAGAAGAGUAGGUGGUUGUGGUGCGGUGGAGGGGGUGGAAGGCGAUGGCAGGGCGCCAGCAGCAGCAGCAGCAACAACCGCUUUUCCUCAACCCUCUGCGCCUGUUCAGCAGCAGCAGUUUCAAGAGUCCCCCGUGCAGCAGCAGCAGCAGCGGCAGCAGCAGCAGCAGAAGCGUGUGGAGGUCGUCUUGCCUCAUGUGGACCCUGGCCUCUUUUCGCUCCUCCUCACUUUCUACCACAUUGGCCGAGUUGAGGUUCCCCUCUCGGCCCUCCACCCCCUCCUCUCGCUUGCACACGAGUCAGGGGCACAAGAACUGGUGCAGUCGUGCCAAGCAGCACUUGAGGCGCAUAGCUCGGAUUCUGAGGCGCGUAAAACUCAACCAACUCAACCAGAUGCAUCUGGCACAGCCCCUGGCAGAUACGCUGCAUCUGGACCGAGUGCUCUGGGAUCCUCUGUUAUAGGACCCUCCGCGCCGGGUGUCUAUAGGGCUGUAUCCCAGGGGGGCGACUCUGCUCUUAGUGCUACUGUUGCCGAGAGGCUCAAGUCAAUCAAGUCAACCGACUCAGCCAGGUCAACGAGGUGUUCAAAGUCAACGCUGGUCAACGGGCUCGUGUGCCUCUGUUAUCCAGUAGCCAGGAGCCAAGAGGAGGGAGAGAGUGGCUUGAGGCAAGCCCAGGCGCGGCUUAGGAGUGGGGAUCAAUCUGCGCUGCUCUCCUCACAGGACCAAUGCUGGCAAGGGAUGCUUGGGAAGGAGGAGAGCUGGGGUUUGAGGGAAGGGGAUGGUGAAAGCUCAGGUGCAUGCUCAGGUAGGUUUUCAGGUGGUAACACAGAAGCAGGUGCAUCUGCAGGUGGAAGCACAAACACAGCCACAGCCACUGUUGCAACUGCAACUGCAAGUUCGAUCUCGGACAAGGGAGCAGCAGGCGUCCCACUCCAUGUCCUCUCGUCCGAGCGCCGCCUUUUUAGACACCUCCGUUGUGAUUGCUGCGGUGGUGGCAGCAGGUCGUCAGAGACUUCAGAGCCUUCAUUGGCUUCCACGGCUUCCAUGUUAACUCUAAGAGCCUCACCUGCCAGCAGCACUGCCAGCCACACUGCCAGCCACGCUGCCAGCUACAGCGGCAGCUACAGUGACGUGAGCGUGCAGGCGGCCCAGCACGGCAGCACGGUGUUUCGAGCGCACCGAGUGGUGCUCUGCGCCUGGAGCACUGCUUUCCACAAGAUGCUGACAAGUGGCAUGCGGGAGGCCACAUCACAUGAGAUUGUGAUCGGAGGUGCUUCUAACGAAGCCGUCGGCGCACUCCUGCACUUCUUCUAUACCGGAGAGCUUCCUACCCGCUCAUCACACUCACACCCGUUACAGUCACGCAUGGUGCACCCGUUACAAUCACGGUCAAUGUCUGCUGCAGCGUCCAAGAGCACUGAAAGCGUGCUUCUGUCUCUGCUGUGCCUGGCGGACCGCUUCUGCAUCCCGGCCCUGCAUCACGCUGUGAACCAACGGCUGCUCGCAUGUAUUGAUGAGGCUUCAGCAUUCGCCACCCUGCGGGUUGCUGCCUCUAUCCCAGGGGACACUUGCGCCCACCUGACAGCUGUCGCCGCCUCAUUGGCUGCUGCUCAGUUCGAGCGGUGUGUGGCUGCUGACAGGGAGGGGUUGAGGCUGCUGCCGGCUGCUGCUCUAACAGCUGUGCUGCAGAGCCCCUUCUUCUGGACGACCAACGAGGAGAGAGUGCUGGAUGCCGUGCUGACGUGGGCCAUGCAGCGAGCUGACGUCAGCACAUGGAAGGAGGCGGAGCGGGCUUUGGGGGAGGUGAUGGUGAGAGAGGAGAGGGAAGAAGGGGAGGAGGAGGGAGGGAAGGAGAGAAAGCCAGAGGAGGAGGAGGUGGGGAAGGAGGAGGGGAAGGAGGAGGCGGAGCGGGCUUUGGGGGAGAUGACGAUGAGAGAGGAGCGGGAGGAGAGGGAAGAAGGGGAGGGAUGGGAGGAGUGCAGAGGGGAAGAGAGGAGGGAGGAAAGGAGUACAGAUAGGGGGGAAGAGGAUAUUGCAAGGCACGCCCCUUGUACUAGUGGGUGCCACGAGGACUGUAGCACUGAUGAGGCGCUUUUGCAUUCUGAGCUGCUCAGUCGGCUACAGCUGGAGGGAGCCGAGCCUAUGCUACAGCCGCUAAGGGGGGAAGCAUUAUUGGAGGAAGAGGAGGACGAAGAGGAAGAGGAGGAAGAGGAGGACGAAGUUUCUGGGUUGCUGCAGCACGUGCAGUUCAUGUCCCUCCCAGACACCAUCCUAUUCAGGCUCAGAGACAGCCUGCUUGCCACGUGGCUUCCCACCAUUCGCCGAUCCGCCAUCAAGGAAAUUGUCCGCCGCAACCUGCACAGCCAAGCAGCCACAAGACCUCAAGCCUACCCUCCUACCCCACAAGGUCACUCCAGCCCCUUCUCUGGCUCACCACUCUCCACCGCACGGGACCACUGCUAUCCACCUUUUCCAUCGGAGACAAGUCAUGGGUUUUCUCCCCCACCACACAGCCAGGGUUUAAUUCUCCCCGUCCACAGCUCCCACCAGCCAUCCGAUUCCAUCCAGUUAGAUCUUGGCCGUCGGAUCGUCCGGUUCACCUCCCCUGACCUCCCGCCCCGAGCCUGGCCGUCAGGCUCGGUGGGUGCUGUGCCGCGGGCCUGGUCCCUUGAAAGCAGUGGACGGGAGAGAGGGGGCCGGCAUGAUAAGGACCGUUCGAAGGAAUGGGGGCGUAUUGAGAAGGGAGCAGAGGGAUGGGCGCGGGAGGGGACGAGAGUGAAGGGAGGGGGGCGAGAUGAAGGGAGGGAGAAGCGGGAAGCGCAGAUGGGAUUGACGGGAGGGGCUCGUGCGUGUGCUUGUCAGGCUCAAGCGGAUCUUGAAACGUUUGAGGAUAGGAUGCACGUGUGUGCAGAUGAUAGGGAUGCCAGUUGCACGGCGAGAGGGAGGGAGGCUCAACCGCACACACGUGCAGCAGGACAAGAGGCCGAGGCUCGAGAAUCAGCAACCAGGGAAGGUCCUGACAAGGGAGGUAUUGGUCAAUACGGCGCGUCUACACAGGUUACUGCGCUUGCAGGAGGGGGUUUUGUGCCGGCGCUGGGGCACGGGCGAGGAGAGAGACGUGAAGCUGGAUUGCGUGGAGUGGAGGAAGGAGGGGUGGGGCAGAGAGGGGGAAGGGCGGCGUCUUAUGGCGGAGGUGGUUGUGCGCGGUUGAGGGAGGGGGAUAGAGAGCGAGUGAUUUUUGAGUCGACUCAAAAAUCGUCUAAUGGCGGAGGUGGUUGUGCGCGGUUGAGGGAGGGGGAUACAGAGCGAGUGGGAGAGGGAAGGCGGACGGAAGGGGGGGAGGGAUGGGGAAGGGCAGCAGGGGAAGGGAACGGCGUGGAGGGAGGGGAGGAGCGGGUACUGAAGAGAAGAGGGGAAGGAGAAUCGGGGGAAGUGCAAAGGCCGAAGGGGAGGGAGGCAACAGAGAGUGGAUGGAAGGGGAUGGGGAGCACAGGGAGAAGAUUUCUGGAGGCAGAAGUAUUGGAGGCAUGCGGACGCAUGGAGGCAAGUGGGAGUGGGCGAAGGCGAGUGGAGGGUGCCACAGUGGACGAAUCAAUGCGACCGUCUGGUCAGCUUUCGGUUCGCGUGACUCAGGCGCCGCCCGACCAGGUUUCUGGGUUUAGGAUUUCUGCGACUGCAGAUGACAGUAUGGGAGGGGGUGGAGCAGAAGAUAGAGAAGCAGCUGCAGGCGGGAGCGAGGAGAGGGGGGAGCGGGGCGGUAUGGGAGUGGGUGCGAGGCGGACAAACCACGACAGAGCAGCAGCAGCUGCUGCAAGGGGGGAGGAGGAGGGGGAGAAGCGGGUCAAUAAGAAGGGGGAGCACGAGAGAGCGGCAGCAGCUGCUGCAUUUGUUGCUGCAGCAAGGAAAAGAGCAGCGGAUUCUCCUGCUCCCUUGAUGAAAGGGUCGCCGCCCUUGCUGCUGGCGCCAGGUUUAACCAACCCCCGCGUCCUUCAGUACAUGCACGACGGGGAUAAGAACGGCGUGUGUUACCAUGCCGGGACGUCCUACGGGCGGCACCCUUGGAUGAAUCCGGUGCUGCUGGGGACCCUCUCAGUGGCAGCCAGCAGCCCUCCCUCUCGCUACACCGAUAGCAAGCUCAUUGUGUCAGGGGAUUAUGUGAGCUCGUCCUUUGCUGGGCCUCGUGUGGAGGGCGGUCGCAUGACUGCAUGGUGGCGGAUCGACCUGGGGGAGAAGCACAAGCUCCUCUGCAACUUCUACACAGUCCGGCAGGACGGCAGCCCCAACUACAUGCGCUCCUGGUGCCUUGAGGCUUCCAACAACGGAUCUGAUUGGACAAACCUCCGGCUCCACUCAGAUGACACCUCCCUGUGCCGCCCGGGGCAGUAUGCGUCCUGGCCAGUCGACACCUGUGCCAGACCAACUGCUAAACCGUGCAAUGUGAUUGGUCCGGCUAGAUUCUUCCGGAUUCGCCUUGUGGGCCCCACAAGUGCAAAGCAGAACGCUUGGAACCUGUGCCUGUGUGGCAUCGAGCUGUAUGGAUUCUUCUUCUGAUGUCACAUGGAAUGUGUACAGUACGUACUCUCUCGAGUACAGUACAGUGCUAAUGCUGGUUCUUUCAAAGCUACUCAAGGUCAUUCGCACACGC